AUACCACAUGAGGAGAUGACAUCACAGCAUGCUGUCCACAAGAGGAACAGACAGCAGCUCUUCGGCCACUUCUUUUCUCUGCUGCAGACUCGCUGUCCCCAAGCUGCUCCUGCCUUAUGGCACCAAUGGUGUUGGCCCUCAUCCUCGGUGAGUGACAAUGGGGACGUGGAGCCACGGGGGUUGGUGGCCCUGUGUGGGACCAGGACCGUGUCCCUUGCAGGUUGGUGGCUGGUGGCAGCAAGCAGGGCACAGCAACUGCCCCGACCCUCCCUGUCACUGCACCCCAGCCAGGGGGUGUCCCUGGGGGACAAUGUCACCCUGCGCUGCCACCUGCCCCUGCCGGCUGCCUGGGUCUGGCUGCACCGGGAAGGACGUUGGUCAUGCGUCAAGUACAGUGACAAGAAGCAGGACACGACAGAGUUCUCCUUCCUUAGCGCAAGUCAGGAUCAAGCAGAUCGCAGUUUGCUCCCACCUCAUAUCUCCCUUCACCCCGAGGAACGUGUGAGGACAGGGACCAAUGUCACCAUCCGCUGCUGGAACAAGGACUAUGGGGCCGCCUUCCUCCUGCACAAGGAUGGACGCUCAGCUCCUAUCCAGCGCCUGGUCCCAGAUGAUGUUGGCGCAGUCUCCUUCACCCUCUUUGGGGUGACCCCAGCUGACAGUGGCACCUACAGGUGCUCCUAUCACCCCAAGAACUACCCCUUUCUGUCCUCACCCCUUGGGGACAGUGUGAUGCUGGAGGUGACUCCCACACCUGCACCCCCAGGUGCUGAGUUGGUGUCCCGUGGGAACCUGGUGGUGGCAGUGGUGAGGGGCUGCGCUGCUGUCCUCAUCUUUGGCCUCGGCGUCUUCUUUGUCAUCGAUGCCCGCAGCCUCUGGAUACGGAGAGAUGAGAGUCUGGGUGGGGAAGGGAUUUAAUGGUUUGGAUCUCCUGUACAUCCCCUACACAUCUCCCCAGUCUUUCUCUUCCUCUCCUUCCAUUCUUCUCUAGAAUCCACCAGGUGCACCAUUGGAUCCACUGUAGGCUGCCUAUCCAUUCCCCCAGAUGUUCCCUGCCCCCAUCCCAUCUCCUAUAAAUCCAACAUGUAUCCCCUGCCUCCCCUUCCAGACCCUAUAAAUUAUCUAGUCCCAGUCAUCUUGUGCAUCUGUGUCCAUCCUUUACUGAUCGACUAUAAAUCCACCCAAGUGUUACCUGCCUCCUCUUGCAUCCCCUGUUUAUUCACACAAGUCCAACAAGUAUCAAACCCAUUCAUCCCCCAUAACCCCACAAUGCUCCCCUUCUGUUUUGACUCCGGUGCCUACCCACAAAUUCAUGAGGCUGUGCACUUCCAAAUAGGUCUUUAGGUCAGGGACCCCUGAUCCCAGCCUGUUCCUGGGCGCCACAUACUCCACCUGGAACCCAAAUCCCUGCCCAUGGGGACCCCGGGAUCCCCCAGAUCAGAUAAUCAGAUGGCUUACUCUAACCUUGUGUGAUGCCCCAAAAUCCUGAUCAGGGGGAAGCACAAAUCUGCACUGUGGAGAUCCCCCAGGGCCCAAAUCAAAGUCCUUGCACCAACUGAGGAAAACCCAGCCAUAAACAUCCCCCUGACAGUGUGGGCGAUCCAUACAAUGUAAUAGGACCCCCAAAAUGGCACACAUAUUUACUCUCAAUAUUGGACCAAUGUUACCCCAAAUCAAAGUCCCCCCAUGUCCCCAAACACACCAUCACUGACCACACCCACACACUUACAACAGAGAUGUCCCUCCUCACAGCCAUUCUGAGGAACCCCACAGUGAUUCUCCACCAUCUCCAGUUGCAGGAGAAUGGCUCAAAGAGCAAGGACAUUGUGAGUACGAGUGCUACGUGCACUACCCAGGCUAUGAGACCUUGAAGCUGUCAAAGCAAAAAGAAAAGCUGAGGCUGCAGUUAAGAUAAGGGAGAAGCUAGCCUGGGAAGAGACUAAGGCAGUGGAAUGUGAGGAACAGUGUGAAAAGCCACGUGAUGAUUAAUGCUGGACCAAUAGCUUUGCGAGCAAGACACGUGAUUUCUGUAUGCUAACCAAUCAUAAGCUGUCUAUCUCCGUGUGCACCCUGUAUUUCUGUAUUAGUGUGAGCUGAUUUGGGCAAUAAAUCAAAGCUCCACCAUUACUUCUAUGAAGACAUGUGGUUUGUUUUGGGCAACCUUCCUGGAAGUGGCACCCGAACAGGGACCCGGGAAAGCCGCACAAGUUGCCACCGUGGUUUGACGUGGAGGCAGCAGGACGCUCGAGAGUUGUCACAGCGGUUUGACGUGGAGGCAAAGGGAGUGGGGAAGGUGUCUGUGGGUAAGUGCCGUUUGCCAAAAGAACGGUAGCUCAGAGCAUCCUGUGCCGAGAGGACAAUGACUCACACCCGCAGCGGGGUGAGUGCCGUGUGCUGAGAGGGCAGCAACUUGGGUAGGAAGAGUGCGCAGCUUCCUCCUCCACCACUUGCUGCUAGCAUGGAUGUGGAAUUUGCAGCAGCACAGACACUGCUUCUUAGUAUCCUCAUUAAGCGAGGGGAGACAGUGAAGGACAAAGUCCUAGCUAAGCUAGUAACGUGGGCCCGAGAACAGGGGUUCUUGAAGGCUUCUCCACUCAUUUUCGUAGUGAAAGAAUGGCACAAAAUUGGGGACUGCAUGU